AUGAGAAAUGGCAACAUUAAUCUCUGGUUAACUGAUAAAGAAUUUGUUUUUGAGAGUAGUUGUGGGUUUGCUUGGCUUAGUUCUGGCUUUCAUGGCAUCUUCCAACACCAUGAAAAUACAGGAGGUUUUUAAGGUUACUCCUUUCUCCGACUCAACCGCUGAGUUUUCUCCCCCUCUGACACUAUAUGAUACGUUUUGGUUCAAUUUUCCUCCGGUUGAACGCCUCUACUUCUAUCAAAUUACUGGCUUAACUCAUCAUUUCUUCAACUCAGUUAUCCUCCCCAACCUUAAGUGCUCUCUUUCUCGAACUCUCCUUCAUUACCUCCCUCUUGCUGGCAAUCUAAUCUGGCCCCCAGAUGCCCCAAAGCCGUGCAUCUACUACUCCCCAACUGAUGGCGGCGUUUCAGUCACCGUUGCAGAGUCUACCGCCGACUUCAAUUCGCUUUCUGGCAAUGGAGUCCGUGCAGUCGCCGAGCUUCAUCCUUUAAUCCCUCAGUUGUUGACCUCUGAUGACAAAGCAGCGUUGAUAGCUAUACAAAUAACUUUGUUUCCAAAUCAAGGGUUUUCCAUCGGCAUUACAACUCACCAUGCUAUGUUUGAUGGGAAAAGCUCAACCACGUUUAUCAAAUCAUGGGCUUAUCUAUGCAAACAAGGUAAAGAUCACGAAGAAAACCCUUCUUUAUCACCAGAACUAAUCCCGUCUUUUGACCGGACUAUCAUCAAAGAUCCCGCCGGAAUCGACCUGGAGUAUAUCAACAACUGGUUCGGUUAUACAAACUCACGAAGCUUGAAGGUUUUGCCAAAUAUAAUACCCAAUAGCGACUGCGUUCGAGCCACAUUUGAGUUAACCCGUGAAGAUAUUCAGAAAAUAAGGAAUCGGGUAUUGUUUAUGUUGAAUAAAGAUGAUGAAAAGGAGGAGGAUAGAGCACCAGAACAGCUUCAUUUAUCAACUUUUUUGCUAACUUUGGCAUAUGUAUUCGUCUGCAUGGUUAAAGCCAGAAGAGGGGAAGACAACAGAAGUGUUAUUUUCGCAUUUACAGCAGAUUACAGGACCCGUUUAUCUCCUCUGGUUCCAUUGAAUUACGUUGGCAACUGUGUUAUGCCACAUCUGUGCACUGCAACAGCAAGAGAUUUGACAGAAGAAAACGGGAUUGCCUUUGUUGCAAACAAAUUGAGCGCUGUGGUGAAAGGUUUAGAAAGGGGAGAGCUUGAAGGAAGAAAAGAUACACUUUCAAGGGUGUUGAUUGCUCUGAAAGCCAUGCUUGAAGGAGUACAAGGCCUGUCGGUAGCCGGGUCGACCCAUUUUGACGUAUACGGGUCGGAUUUCGGGUGGGGGAGACCGAACAAGGUGGAGAUUGUUUCAAUAGAUAGGAGUGGGGCUGUUGCUUUGGCCAAGAGUAGAGAUAGAAGCGGUGGUGUUGAGAUUGGUGUGGCUUUGGAGAAGCAAGAAAUGGAAGUCUUUAGAUCUCUAUUUGCCGAUGGGCUAAAAGAUAACAUGUAAAGUUUGGAUUAUUUUAUCUUAAAUGUCUUCAGGUUGUUUGGAUUCAAACUUUUUUCCUUUUUUAACAUGUAUUCGUCAAAUCUCAUUAUUUGUGUCAAUGGAUAGUAUUCGUCUUAUAUUAAUUCAGUUAAACCUC